CGGAGGCCUACAUGUAUAUCAGUAUAUGGUCUUUUUCCUGCAUCUCUCCCUCCCCCCCUCUCUCUCCCUCUCGCCCGACAAGAGACUGCUGCGCCGCAUCUGAAAAUGAAUUUCCCCGUAAAUUGGGAAGAAAUCGAACUUUCCGAAGGUUAUCUUGUUUCCUGUAUGUUUGAGGAGGCUGCAUCUCUAUCUUAUUCUACACUGAAACGUCUUUGUAAUUGCAAAUUUGACGAAUCGGUGGAUAAAGAUAUGGUGGAAGAUAUGAUAGAGUGUUCAGGGAUGGUAUUGCUCCAAGCUUACAAGGAGUUGGGGAGGACACAAAGUAUUUUGAAGGAGCUAGAAACUCUCUUUGGUUCAAUUAUUUCUGUACCAGUGCCACUUUUACUGACUGGGGUUUGCUUUCUAAUGUCUGAAAAAUGCUUGUCUGGUCUUCAAGAAAUUUUGGAGGAGUUCCUCAGCAGCUGGAACUAUGUAGAACAGAAAUCGUGUUAUAUCCUUAGGACUGUGGAUAAGCAGCAACUAUCAUUUGAAGGGCAUAUCUGUUCUUCCUUGCCAGUGGAGAAGUACGUGGAAGUUACAAAAGUCUAUGUUGUCUCUCUCCUUGGGGUUGUUUUGGACAAUUAUGAACUUGCUAAUGUUCAGUUGACAAAAGCCGAUUUGCCAGAAGAGGAAAGGCAGGCACUAUUGGAGCAGUUGCAGUGUGCAUGUGUUCGGACAAAUUCAAAUUCAAACUCGUUACUGGACCUUGAAAAGCCUCAAUCAGUAGGAAGGAGUGACCUUGCUGUUUCGAACACAAACACUUCACCUUGUGAAGACAGAUGUACAAGAACUAUUGAAACCAUUAGUCAUGAUGUCAAAUUGGAAGGAGCAAGGUCUCCUUACCCCGGUUUAGGGAGCUUAUUCAAGGCAUUCCGCUCUUUUUUCUUGUUCUUCCGUGCAAUUACCUUAAAGCUGGGAAGCGCUCAUUUAGUUAUCAGUCAUGGAAGGGUCAUGCUUGUAGGCGCAUUCACCUUUGCAGUUCUUUACAUUGUUCAAAAGAAAGGGGACACCUUCAAGAGAUUUGCAGCUAGGCAAAUAUCAGGCAUCAAAAAUGCUGUUUUGGAUGCAUGGCGGCUUGCAUUUUCCAUGCAGGUGAACCCUCUUGCAGCCAUUCAACCCCCACUUGUUGUAACCCAUGGACAAAGAUAGCCCCUACAUGCAUCUUUUGUAGUCAGUUCCUUGAUCUGUAAGUGAAUGAGUUCUCUCUCUC